AGACCUCCAAACUGUGUCCAAAUUGGGGAUGUUCGGACUUUGCUCGAUCUCCUCGAGCAAUCUGAUGCGGCGGAUUAGUGUGAACGUCGUUGUCGCAAGACUUAUUUAAACUCGACUGUCGAGGACCCGAAGCAUACACCCUUCAUUCCAACCGGGUUACAAACAAUCGUCGAGGUUUGACUGACGACAGAGAUCCGAUUCCGGCAAGUGUACACGCGCAGCGACGUCAUCUCGGAGCAGCUAUCAUCAGAGCACGUUCUACCUUGCAACAAUGUCCUCAGCAGCGUCUCCAGCAUGCAAAAAGCUCCUGAUCUUUGGAGCAACCGGGCUUAUUGGGAGUCGCAUUACCCGUGAAAUUGUUCGCAACAAGUCCAAAUUUGAGAGGAUCGCCGUGUUCACGUCACAGGGCACCUCCGAGUCCAAGGCAAGCGAGUUACAAGGCCUGGAAAAGGAAGGGGUAGAUAUCAUCGUAGGCGAUAUAACCAAAUCAGACGACGUGGUCAAGGCGUAUCAAGACAUUGACACCGUCAUUUCUUGCGUUGGCAGAAACGUGAUUGAACACCAGAUCGAGCUGGCGCGCCUCGCCAACGACAGUCCUUCGGUCCACAGGUUCUUUCCGUCCGAAUACGGGACUGAUAUCGCGCACGGGCCGGCGUCAGCCCACGAGAAACCACACCAGAAGAAGUUGCUGGUUCGAGCGGCGCUCCAGACUUGUGACCGCCUGGACUAUACCUAUGUGGUCACGGGCCCUUAUGCGGAUGGCGAACCCGGCCUCUACUUCGGUGCAAACCCCGUGGUCAAGGAAGCCGGGACGUUCGACGUCAAGAACAAAGAAGCUGUAUUGCUCGGCGAUGGGAAUCUCAAGGUCAGCUUUACCACCAUGAAAGACGUUGGCAAGCUUGUGGUUCUCGCUGCCCUCCAUCCGGACGCUAGUCGGAACAAGGCACUUCGAGUCAACUCUUUUACCGCCACCGACUCGGAGAUCCUCAAGGAAUUUGAAAAGCAGACCGGCGGACAGCCCUGGAAGGUGUCCUGUACGAGCCUCGACACUUUGAAGAAGCUUGAAAAGGAAGCUUGGGAUGCUGGGAAGCCGUAUGCGACCAUCUUCACCUUGAAGAGGAUUUGGGCCGAGGGCGGCACCCUGUACGACAAGCGGGACAAUGAUUUGAUCGAGGCGGAGAACGUGAUGGAGACGCUCGCAGAUGCUGUUGCAGAAGCCAUAAGAGUUCAAACGAGUUAAGGCAUAGGUAGUCAGAGAGAACACGCAUGCAUACAAC